GCGUGCGUAAAGUGGCCGUGUGAGCGCGCACAGGCUUGGGGAACUGCUGCUGUCAGACGCCUUCUCUGGAGCGGGAUUGCAGGACACGGAUCGUCCUCUGGAACCAACCAUCUUGUGUCCAGCGUAGUCUGGUCCCCUCUGGUCUCUUCCACUAAUCCGAAUUAAUCACAGCUGAAGAUGAAAAAGUUAAGCAACGAAACGGCUUUUUUUGUUUUUCCGAGGGGGAAUAUUUAGAGAGGAUUGUUUUAUUUUGUGUUGCUGCUGCGCUCGGACAUGGCUAAUCUCUGGACGCAGUGAGAUAAUUUCUCGCGUCUGCGGCGGUGGAGACCUGCGGAGGAAAGUUGCGCGUGGCAGGACAGUCUAACCGGAGCUGUGACAGAACAAGGAGAGCGCCAUGGUGAAGUCUCUCCUUCUCCUGCUCAGCUGGACGGUGAUCGCAGAGGUUGCGAGGGCUCAGAACGACACGGAACCAAUCGUCCUGGAAGGGAAAUGCCUGGUGGUGUGCGACUCCAACCCGGCCAUGGACUGGAGGUCCUCGUCCUCUCCGCUCGGCAUCUCGGUGCGCGCCGCCAACUCCAAGGUGGCUUUCUCUGCAGUCCGGAGCAACAACCACGAACCAUCCGAGAUGAGCAACAAAACCAGAAUCAUCUACUUUGAUCAGGUGCUGGUGAACGUAGGGAACUACUUCACAUUCGAGUCUGUAUUCUUGUCACCAAGAAAGGGAGUCUACAGUUUCAACUUCCAUGUGAUCAAAGUGUACCAGAGUCAAACCAUACAGGUGAACCUGAUGCUUAAUGGAAAGCCAGUCAUCUCCGCCUUUGCAGGAGACAAGGAUGUAACUCGAGAGGCGGCCACCAAUGGAGUUCUGCUUUUUCUGGAGAAAGAGGACAAAGUUUACCUUAAGCUGGAAAAGGGAAACCUAGUUGGUGGAUGGCAAUACUCGACGUUCUCCGGCUUUCUUGUUUUCCCACUGUAAAAAAAGAAAAGUGAAAACAACACAAAGACAAUUGUAAGAUUUCUUCAUGUGUCGUCAGUAUAAUCAAAAACAUUGCUGCUUCAUCUGUUGGAUUCUGCCCAACCAUUGAAAAAUGUUAAUGGAAAAACAUCGCCAUGGAGAUUUGUCAGAUCCUCUGGAGGCAUCUUUAAACGUUCCUGUCCACAGAUAUAGCCUCAAAGAUGAACACUGACGCAACAAACCUACCCUUCUAACUUUGACCUGCUGAAAUAUGGAUACAAUUUUUUCAUUUCUCAUGGCAACUGUCUUUUUCAGCUAUGUUUGAUUGCUUGGUUGUAAACUGUGUGUGCUUCUGUUAGCUGUGCUGUCGCUUUGAACAAGUCUACACAACCAGACAGUGUUGUUGCUUAGUUAUUGUCAACACAGUCAUGGUUGCCUAACAAUUUUAAUUUCUCCAAAGCAGAACUCUUCAUUUAUUGACAAAUUACGAUCAAAUGUGAAGUUUUGUGAUCAGACGUGCCAUUAGAUUUUUUAUAGACCCUAUAACUACUUGGGGCGAAACACUACGGAAGAGUCGCACAUCAGGAAAUGUGGUUUCAACUAUGUUGUCUGUGGCCACGUACAGAAAGUAAAAUAUCACGACAUAGACUGAGUUUUGCAUCUUGAAGGCAGAAGUCCUUCCUAGCCAAAGACAAGGACACAAGGCUGCUAUGUACGAGGCUUGGGUCAUAGUAAACAAACCAGAGAACUACGUACCUGCAUGGCAGGGUGAGUAUAGCAUAGGUUUCUUUUUUUAGCGUGCUCAGAGUACAAUCGUGUUAAUUUUAGAGAAAUACAGUUUAUACUAAUAUGCAGUGGGAAAAUACAGAUGAAUUAGAAUGAAAUGUUUAUUUGAAGCAUGAAAUAAAGUGUAUAAGUUGGUUUAAUUCUGUCGUUUUGAUGUUCCAGACUUGGGUCAUGUUGAGCUUUGUGUUAGGAUGGGAAAAACAGAAAACACCUCGCCUGUAAAUAAAUAGACUGCUUAAAAGCAAACCAGCAAACGCAACUUACUGUAUUUAAUAGAACACACGUUAACCAGCUUUCUGGUGUAAUCUUAGUACAUAGUUACCUUACCUGAUAUAAAAUGGGCGCUACAAACUCGAGCAUUUCGGAUCGUGUUUUCAGUCCAGUUUUCAUCAACCCUUUUGAUGGCCUGCAGCCACAGACGCCUCCGAUUUUGUUGAAAUGGAUGUGCUCCCUUCGGAAUUCUGUAAAGUUUCAGUCCACUGCUUGAAGAGAAGCGAAUCUGGCAUCCUGGCAUUUUACAUGAUUAUAUUUUAUUACUUGCUUUGCAUGUUCUAUAUGAUUAUAUUUUAGCACAGUUUUAUUAUUAAAUUAUUAUUUUACUGUCUAUAUCAUUUUAUUUAUUACUUAUUUUCUCAUUUUUGUCAUUUAUAUUAGCUCUUUUAUUACAUUUUUACUCAUUUUAAUCCAGUGUUUCCUCUGUGGGGGCCCUCUGCCCCGGGAGCGGUGGUCGACUGUAGCUUCCUGAGCGCUCUAUAGGUGGGGGUCUAUGCACCCCCUCCACUGAGCGCCCUGACUUAGUGUGGAAGACCUGAUGCUGCCGGGACAGACGGCUCCUCUGAUGGCGUUUCCUUGUGUUACCAUACUUGGCUCAUCUGGACUCAGCCUAAUAUAAUUUUUACUUGUAUGUGUGUGUGAGUCUGUCUGUGUGUGCGUGUGCGUGUGCUUGCAUAUGUUUGUAAAUGUUUUUAACCUGUUAUGGGAAUCUGGGGUCAUUUUGUAAAGCACUUUGAAUCACACUUUGUUUGAAAAGCGCUUUAGAAAUAAAAUUUGAUUGAUUGAUUGAUCCA